CUCGUUCUCUCCUCCCUUCACGUUCUCUGCUCAUAACAAAACGUCGCCAAAUUCCUCUAGUUUUGGCCCUCUGCGUUGAGAAAUAUUUAAGUAGCAAAAAUGUUGUAUUGACUAAACAGGUGAACAUCAAUAGAUAUAACCCUCUUAAGAACGAAGUGUAAGAAGGGGUAAAAUAGGAAGAAAAUUUAUCUCGAUGGAUGAAAAAGAGUGAAAAGGAAAACGAAGACGAGGAGGGCGCGUAACGGGACAGCGCUGAGGAAAACAAGAUUUAAAGUCUAAGAAAACUAUGGAAAUUUAUGUUUUUUGACUUGUUGGAGAGCAAGGCAUAAUUUACAAACACAUUCCACCAAAAAAGGACCUUGAGAAUGGAUGGGGAAAAAGAAAAAGAGCGGGAGAGAGGAGAUGAAAAAGAGAGUGAUGAGACAGAGGAGGAUGCAGAGGGGGCAGCCUUAUUAUGGCAAGAGGGAUACCCUGAUGAUGACCUGGGCUUACCCAUCAUGCACUGGGAGGAUCUGAGUCUCCGUAUUGCUGAACUUGAGAAGCAACAAGAAGAGCGAAGACAGAGGGAAAAGGACUUAGACAGGCUGACAGUAGACUGGCCAGAAAUCAGAGGGCUGAGCAGUCACAGAGAAACCUAUGAGGACAUGGAGGACGAUUGCAACAGUCGCCUGACUGCCCUGACAACAAGGCUUCAGAGCCAGAUGAAUCUACAGCUUUGCUUCAUUAACAACAGUGAAAGUGAAGAGGAAGAAGAGGAAAUGGAGGCAAAGAACAAGGUGGCAAAACAGUCCAGUAAGAGUGGCAGCAAUCAGAGGUUAGAGAAAGAAAGUAGUUCAAGCUCUGCAUCGGCUAAGAAAAGCAAAUCAAGAGGGUUCAAGAACGAUGUCAGAGCUGCGCUGAGUGUACUCAGACAUAAAUUGAGAUUGGAGCACAAACAGACUAUAGCUCCCAGUGAGGCUGUCAGAGAAAGGAAGCACUACGAAAGAAAUGACUUGAAGAAUUUCAGCUUGAAGGAGUUGAAAGCGCUGAGGACCUCACUAAGCAAAGACAUUCAUGACCUCAGUUCAGAGCUGGUGGGUCGACUUCUCACAAGGGACCAACUGAGAACAGAGCAAGACGCCAUGCUGCUGGAGGUACAAGAUAUGACAUCACUCUGAUGCGCAAAAAAAAAACAAGUAUUUCCACUAAAGAACAAAAUGACGGGACCCUUCCUUUACAAGACUGUCCGCGAGCUGCCUGAACUAAUUGACUUCACUGUGAAAAGCUGCAGCACUCCAUCAUCACUUCAAAAGACUUUUUCAGACUUUUACAGUAUUAUUCUUGACAUUUGUAAGACACAGAUGAGGGUUUAAAACUGCAGUUUACACUCUUACAGUUGCAAGAUCUAACUGAUAAAGCAACAAAGCGGCAAAAGACAAUAUACAGUAUCUCAUGACAUGCUCUUUUGCUCAAUAUUACUUUAAUUUUUUCGUUCCAAAGCCAAUUAUGCCAAGCCUCACAUGUUAAGACAUGGCUCAUAAAAUGCUACAAUGUAUAUGUGUGUACGUACAUUGAUUUAAAUAUCCAUAACUGGAUUGUUUGUGUCACUGUUUGUGAAAUACUUAAAUAUUAUUUUGUGGAAUAAAAAGGAAUUCAGUAA